GACAAGGGCCGUUUCUCUUUUGGUCGAACACACAAGCGCUUGGGGCUGGGUUACCUCGCGAAGAGGGGCGUGGAUCCUGGGGCCGGCGCGUUCGCGGUGCUGCUGUCGCUUUGAUUCGACAUGGCCUCCACAGGGGAAUCAAGCGAAUCUGAAACCGGCGCUCUCUGGGCGGCAGUCGUACCUCGCCUCGUACCCCGAGGCCCAAACCGCUUGACGACGCGUUCGACUACAGCAGCGGGAGGCGAGGCCGUGGCGCGGCGAGGUCGCUUUUAGGGACUGCCGCAGAUCCGCUGGAUCUGGAUAGCUCGCUGGAUUCGCCACACGCGAGUGGCGUGGGCCACGACAGCGCCCGCCAACACGAAGAUUCCACGGGCGGGGCGGGAGAGGAGGAGGAGGAGGAAGAGGGGGGGGGAGGAGGAAGAGGGAGAGGAGGAGGAAGAAGGGGGGGAGGAGGAAGAGGGAGAGCAACAGCAUCAGGAGAAGGACGACGAGUACGAGGAUGACGACACGAGCUCUGGUGAUGGAAGCGACAGGUUGUGCGUGCGCGAGGGGGAGAGGCGACUCGUUUGGAUGGUGUUGACGGAAGUCAACCCGUGGCGCUAAAGGCAACGUGCCCAAUUACGGAAAGCGUGGGGAAGGUGUGCCGACAAGGUCGUGAAGAGAAGCAAGCUCAAGAUCUCCACGCACCGGGGCGAGAAGACGGUCAGGGUCGAUGUCACCCGCGGGCAAGCUUUGGGAAGGGAACUCGUGGUGGACAAGAUGAAGAGACUGUGGUUACGUCACCACUCGAAGUUCUUGGAGAAGGAGAGGAAAGCUCUCGCGAAGACAGGAGAGGGAACCCGAACCGCCGAGCAAUGGGCGGAGAAGUCGGAGACUACGGAGAUGAUAGCUCUGGAGACCGCUGUCCGUCUGUACGAAUCGUGCAAAGAUGUGGUAAACGGAGGGAAGGGGGUGAGCGCGGAGCACCAACAUCGGGCCGAACGAGCGCGGAAGAAGGCCCUUGAAAAUGUCAAAGCGAAGGGGAAGAAGUCGGCAACGGGGACUGCUGCUGAGAGCGCGGUGCUAGGGGAGGGUUAGGUAAGCGGAAGCGGAAGUCGCGAGGGGAACCCCUCCAUGCCGGCUUAGCCUCGUUGGGCUCGGACGGCGUCUUGGGAGAGAGUGGGGGCGGAGAAGAAGAGGCAGACUCGGACGAUGACGACGACGUCGUCAUCGAGGGCGAGGACGACGGGCGCUGCUCAGCAAAGGAGCAAACGCGCAGGGACGCCGUAGGGAAGGCCGUGGCGUCCGGCAACCUCGGGAGGCAGGUGAGGUCAGCGCGUCGCUCGCCCAGGUCGUAUGAGUCGGAGGAUGCCGGGGGGGGGGAGUU